CUAAAAAAAAAGUCAUAUCCUCAACAAACCGAACAAGCUAGCUAAGUGUUCUAUUCUGUGUAACUAAAACAAAACAUGAGAACCUUCAAGUCUCUCGCUCUCUUGGCUUUGCUCUUUUGUCUCUCCCUCGCUGUUUUUGCGGAUACAUCAACCGAUGCCACACAUGCUACGGAUGAAGUGAAGCGAAGUGCUGAAGCAACCGAUGUCAUAGACCCCCAGCAAGGCAGGCGUGGGGGUGGGGGUGGUGGUGGUUAUUGUCAGUACGGGUGUUGCGGUGGGUGGUGGAAUGGACGGUGCAGAUACUGUUGCAGACGAUCCCAAGCUGUGGAGCCCGAGGCUUUCGAGCCCGAGGCUGUUGAGGCCAACGUUGUUGACCCUCAACAGGGUUUCGGUGGCGGCGGCAGGCGUGGGGGUGGGGGUGGUGGUGGUGGUUAUUGUCAGUACGGAUGUUGCGGUGGGUGGUGGAAUGGACGGUGCAGAUACUGUUGCAGACGACCCCAAGCUGUGGAGCCCGAGGCCGAGGCUGUUGAGGCCAACGUUGUUGACCCUCAACAGGGUUUCGGUGGCGGCGGCCGGCGUGGUGGUGGUGGUGGUGGGCGACGUGGUGGUGGUUGUUGGUAUGGAUGCUGCGGGUGGUGGCAUGGACGGUGCAGCUACUGUUGCAGAAGUCAAGCUGAGGCCAACGAAGUUAUGGAAACUGUUGAGUCCCAGCCGAUGGCCACGGAAGGAGAGAAUAAGAAGGAAGAAUCUAAGCCAUGA